AUGAGUUCGUUUCAACUUUUCGCGCUUCUUACUGCAUCCACUUCUGUGUUGGCUCUUGCUGGAACACCAAAUGUGUACGCCAACGGUCGUCGAGUUUCAUGCUACGAUAAAGCUUCUGUCGGCGACUCUUGCUGCUACCUUUCUCCAGCAAGACUGUUACAAACACAAGUCUGGGAUACAAGACCCGUCUCUGGACCUCUAGAUUCAUGGACCAUCCACGGACUCUGGCCCAUUCACAAUGACGGUUCCAUCCCAAGCAACUGCGACACCAACCGUACAUACACAAACAUUACACAUAUUUUGUACCAUGCUGGUGCUGAAGAUACUGUCGACGAGAUGAAUAACCUAUGGGAAUCUGCAGAGGGAGACAACGAAGAUCUCUGGCAAGACCAAUGGGUCGCCCACGGAACAUGCUUCAGUAGUCUGAACCGAGAAUGCUACGGGCGCAAUUACGAGGAAGCCGAAGAAGCAGUUCCCUAUUUCCAAAAGACAGUUUCACUGUUCAAACGUCUCCCAACAUACAAGUGGCUACGUGAUGUUGGCAUAGUUCCUUCAUAUUCCAUGUUUUAUCAAUUGUCAGAUAUCCAAGACGCACUGGAGCAGCAGCACGGUUCACGCGUGUCACUUCGCUGUACUGGCCAACGACUCCAUGAAAUCGGUUACCACUUCAACGUUACGGGUACGCUGCAAGAUGGUUACUUUACUGAUUCGGGCGCCAUUGGCAACUGGGAUGAUUGUCCUGAGCUGGUGCUGUAUGAGCCCAAAGGAGAGACCAAAAUGGCAAUUUUUAAGUUUGAGACGUUUCAUUCGCAUACCGCUACGGACGUGGAGGAUUUGUAG